CCUCCUCCCAUCUUGACACUAAUUUCUAACCCCCCCUGCCCCCAAACCCAUGGCAAGAUCUGCUAUCUGACUUUUGGAUCAGCUUUGUACAUUGCGGGACCUGAGUCUAAUCAUACAUGGUGUCAGAGGCACUGAGGGAUUUGUACUUUUGUGUUUGAGAUUGAUAUCUCUCUUACUGUUUAGUGUUUAUAGGUCUUUCUCUCUUCACAGGAUUACAAAAGAAUCCCGCUAUGCCUCUGGGAACACCUGCCCCCCUAAACAAGCGGAAAAAGCCCUCCAAGAUCAUAACUGACCUAUCGCAUAUCAGUCAGGAUGAGUUUGAGUUGGAGCCAGAAGCAUCAGAGUUCGAUCUGGGAACUAAGAUCAGGACCCCCAAAGAGAUCAUGCUGGAGGAGCUCUCUCUGAUGAAUAACCGAGGCUCCAAGAUGUUCCGGAUGAGGCAGAAGAGAGUUGAGAAGUUUAUCCACGAGAACAACCCAGAUGUUUUCACCAGUGACUCAAUGGACAACUUCCAGAAGUUUGUUCCAUCCUUGGGAGGGCAGAUAGGAGGCCAGUUUAUAAAUCUUGGAGGGCAUUAUGUAAGCAAAGAGACAAAACAUAUGUAUUUAGGAGCUACACCUGCAGGAGGAGGGGCGCCAGUGCCUCCACCUAAGCCUGGAAGCAAGGGGGCAGGAGCAGGAGGAGCAGGAGGAGCAGGAGGAGCAGACGGCGCUGGAGGUGCAGGAGGACUAGGACUGGCUGGGGAUGAAAGAGGUGGUAAAGGAGACGGAACGGGAGCUAGAAAAGAUGGUAAAGGUAAGACCCUGGUGGUCGUAAAGACGUAUGUGUCCCCAUGGGAGAAAGCCAUGAAGGGUGAUGAGAACCUGCUGGCAACUCUUAAAGCUGAAAUGCCUGGUCCUGUGGACAGGAAAGCUUUGCCAAAAUACAAAAGCUUCAACAGGAUGGCCACACCGUACGGUGGCUUUGAAAAGGCCAACCAGUUCAUGAAAUUCCAGUUGCCAGAAACUGAGGUGACCAAAGAGGAACCUGAACCCGCAGUGGUGUACCAACAUGACAUCGGCUGCCGUCCCUCUUUCAAUCGUACCCCUAUCGGCUGGGUGACCAGCAACGAGCCCAGCAGCAUCCACAUGGAGACAGAUGCCGUGCCCUUUGAUGGGGAAACAGACGAGCUGUGAAAAUAUAAUACUGUGAUUGCAAAUACUCCCAUAUUUGCCUGACUGUAUGGCUAAAGUUCAGCAUGCACAAACCCACUGUAGGUUAGCUAAAGGUCCCUGUAGAACUGAUGAAAUAGAAUGAAACAGUAUGAAAAAAACAGAAAGUGUAAAUGCUUGUAUCUUCCUCUGUAAUGAGUUGUAACGUAAACAAAAAGCUGUAGGUGAUGAAAUGUCAAACUUUAAUUACAGCUUUAAAAGUUCCAAACUUCUAGAAAAGAGAAAAAAAA